AUGUCUCACAACAUGAAUAAAGUCCAUGUACACAUUGUGAAAAGAUACAAGUGGAUUAACAAGAAGAUGAUGAUCAUAUUUUAUUUACUGCUGAUGCUCAGAGCGGGGCGAUGCGCACACGAUCCGAUCUUUGACACAAAGACUGUUGGUGUUGGAGAUGAUGUGACUUUGACAUGUCCCCGCCAGAAAACUUUGCAAACAGAACACUUCUUUUGGAUUAGGCUUGUUUCUGGAAACUUUCCUGAAACCUUCAAGGGAACGCAUCAAUUUGAAUAUAAUGUUGUUCACAUGACUCCUCGCACUGCAACAAAACAAGGGCCUGAAACAUUUCUUCUGCAGAUAAAUAAAACAGAGCUAAGCGAUACUGGAGUUUACUACUGUUUAAAAGUAGAGUUACUUGAUAUGACAUUUUUGAAAGGAACAUUUCUGAGAAUUAAAGGACCAGAACCUGAUAUCACUGCCAUCAUUCAAGACCUUCCAUCUGAUCCAGUCCGUCCAGGAGACUCAGUGACUCUGCAGUGUUCAGUCCUCUCUGACUCUGAGACCAAGAUGUGUGAAGGACAACACAGUGUGUUCUGGUUCAGAUCUGGAUCAGAUGAAUCUCAUCCUAAAGUCAUUUACGCUCAUGGAAACAGUGGUGAUGGAUGUGAGAAGAGUCCUGAGGCUCACGCUCCACAGAAAUGUAUCUACAACUUCUCUAAAAACGUCAGCUCCUCUGAUGCCGGGACUUAUUACUGUGCUGUGGCCACAUGCGGGGAGAUAUUUUUUGGAGAUGGUACAGAACUGGAAAUUGAAGCAGUCAACAUGUGGGAUUUGGAGAAGGCCAACACAGUUCUGUUUCUGUUAUGCGCUGCUUUGGCUAUAAGUCUAAUCGUCAAUAUGUAUACCAUCAAGAAGAAAACUUGUGAUUGUUGCAACGCUGAUGUUGCUCCGCAAACAAAUGCUGCACCAGCCAGCGGUGAUCAGCAAAGUCAGCAGAUGCUCUUAUCCAGAGUGAUUUACAGUGAACUAACAACAUGGACAUUCCUCCUGGAGCACCAAACAUCAACACGAGGAAAACUGGCAAGAGCAGAGAGAAGGAAUGAAGAAGCGGCAGAGAGAGAGACGAUCUACACCGAUGUCAGGGCGUUAGUGAAAUAA